AAAUUACUCAGCGUGACGUCACUUUCCCUUUAAAUACAGCAGAGGGGGCGUACAGUCACUAAUGGAGGCAGCGGUUUGGAAGUACUCGUGAAUCACGGAUCACUAGGAACCAUCACCACCAUGUCUAUAAAUGCAGCCGAUAAUGCUGAGCCAGUGAUUGCGGUUCGAGAGCAACAGAAUGUAGUGGAACGUGUCAUCAACCUACCGCUAGUCAGCUCAGCAUGUGGUGUGGUCAGUGCUGCUUACAGCUCUACUAAGGAUAGUCACCCCUACAUCCAUAAUGUAUGUGAUGUCGCAGAGAAGGGGGCGAAGACCUUGACUGAGGUUGCAGUAACUGGAUCAAAGCCUCUUAUAAGCAGACUGGAGCCACAGAUCGCAACUGCUAAUGAACUUGCUUGUAAAGGACUGGACAAACUGGAAUCCACACUCCCUAUUCUUCAACAGCCCACUGAGAAGGUUGUAUCUGACACAAAGGGUUUGAUAACAGGUGCACGUGAUACAGUAGUUGCAGUGGUCACAAACACUGUGACAGGUGCUCGUGAUACUGUAACAGGUGCUGUGUCUGGAAUUCUGGGCUUGGCUACAGGUGCUGUUCAGGGCAGUGUGGAUGUGACCCGGUCAGUAGUCUCAUCAGUGAUGGACACACAUGUAGGUCAGUUUGUGACCAGCAGUCUGGAUACAGUACUAGGAAAGUCUGAGGAGUGGGUUGAUCACUACCUUCCAAUGACUGAUGAUGAGCUAGCUGCACUUGCUGCAACUGUAGAAGGAUUUGAAGUGGCUCCACUGCAACAACAGAAAGAACAACAAAGUUACUAUGUCCGUCUGGGUUCUCUAUCCUCUCGAGUACGUCACCGUGCCUACCAGCAUUCUCUGGGGAAGGUGAGAAGUGCCCAGAUCAGCACUAUGGAGACUCUAGCACAGCUGCACCAAACUAUUGAUCUGGUGGAUACUGUAAAACAGAGCGUUCAUGGUGGACAAGAAAAACUACACCAGUUCUGGCUGGAUUGGAGUCGCAAGCAACCAGGAGCUGAAAAUGAGGAGACAGGAUAUGAGGAACAGCCUCUGGACUCUCGGGUGCUUACAAUGACUCGUGCAAUGACCAAGCAAUUGCAGACUACUUGCUUUGCUCUGGUAUCUGGUGCACAAGGCCUGCCAUUAAACAUUCAGGAACGCAUGCAGCAGCUACAACAAAAUGCUCAGGACCUACACUCUUCUUUCUCCUCUGCUCGGUCACUUGGAGACAUUUCUGCAGGCAUCUUGGUACAGAGCCGGGAGCAAGCGUCAAAGGUCCAUGAUUAUGUGAAUGAGCUCUUCAACUAUGUUUUGGCCAACACUCCCCUGACCUGGUUGGUAGGACCUUUUGCCCCUCAAAUUAUUGAACAUCCAGAAACUCCUGAGGAGGAACCGGACAAUGCCACUAAGUGAACAAGUACAUUGUUCAUGCACUUAUUUGAAGUUUGGAAACAUUGUUUACCCUGUAAUGUUUCUCUGCCACUGGUCUAAUAAGCUGCCUCUGACCAUGCAUUUAACGGAAUAAAAUUAAAAUGAAUUCCCUA